GAACCAGACAUUCGGGAGCGGCCUGCAGCACUGCUCCGGCGUCCGCCGCCCUCCCGCCCAGCUCUCCUGAGCCGGCCGUACAAUCCUCGGCAGUGUCCUGAGACUGUAUGGUCAUCUCAGCCGCCGUGCCCGCCCGGCCCCGGACUCUCCCAACUGCCGUCGUCGGAUCCACUUCUUUACUUUUUGAAAACCCAGGAAAGUGACUCCUUUUCGAGGAAAAAAGAACUUCGGUCCCCUUCUCGCUGCCCUCUGUUUUGCAUUUGACAGCCUCCUCCCACUCCUUUCCCUGACCCCGCCUCCCGGUGCAGGUUCCUCCCUGUCACCUUUCUCCACCCCCUUCACCCGCACCUAACCAGCCGCCCGCAAACUUCCACCUGACUGCGGGCCUGCGAGCGCUUAGGACCUUUAACACCGGUCCAGACUUCGGAGUGAGCGAGGGCCACAGCAAACGCAGCCGCUGCAGCCUCCACCGGCCGGGGAGCCCAGGUGCUCGGCGUCUCAAAGGGCCACAGCGACAAUGACAGCUGACAAGGAAAAGAAAAGGAGUAGCUCAGAGAGGAGGAAGGAGAAGUCCCGGGAUGCAGCGAGGUGCCGGCGAAGCAAGGAGACGGAGGUCUUCUACGAGCUGGCCCAUGAGCUGCCCCUGCCUCACAGCGUGAGCUCCCACCUGGAUAAGGCCUCCAUCAUGCGGCUGGCUAUCAGCUUCCUGCGAACACACAAGCUCCUGUCCUCAGUUUGCUCUGAAAAUGAGUCUGAAGCCGAGGCUGACCAGCAGAUGGAUAACCUCUACCUGAAGGCCUUGGAGGGUUUCAUUGCUGUGGUGACCCAAGAUGGCGACAUGAUCUUUCUGUCAGAAAACAUCAGCAAGUUCAUGGGACUCACACAGGUGGAACUAACAGGACACAGUAUCUUUGACUUUACUCAUCCCUGUGACCACGAGGAGAUCCGUGAGAACCUGAGUCUCAAAAAUGGCUCUGGUUUUGGGAAGAAAAGCAAAGACAUGUCCACAGAGCGGGACUUCUUCAUGAGGAUGAAGUGCACAGUCACCAACAGAGGCCGAACUGUCAACCUCAAGUCUGCCACCUGGAAGGUCUUGCACUGCACUGGCCAGGUGAAGGUCUACAACAACUGCCCCCCUCACAGUAGUCUCUGCGGCUACAAGGAGCCCCUGCUCUCCUGCCUCAUCAUCAUGUGUGAACCCAUCCAGCACCCAUCCCACAUGGACAUCCCCCUGGACAGCAAGACCUUCCUGAGCCGCCACAGCAUGGACAUGAAGUUUACCUACUGCGACGACAGAAUCACAGAACUGGUUGGUUACCACCCAGAGGAGCUGCUCGGCCGCUCAGCCUACGAGUUUUACCAUGCACUAGACUCAGAGAACAUGACCAAAAGUCACCAGAACCUGUGUACUAAGGGCCAGGUGGUGAGCGGCCAGUACCGGAUGCUGGCCAAGCAUGGGGGCUAUGUGUGGCUGGAGACACAGGGCACGGUCAUCUACAAUCCUCGCAACCUGCAGCCCCAGUGCAUCAUGUGUGUGAACUACGUCCUGAGUGAGAUCGAGAAGAACGACGUGGUGUUCUCCAUGGACCAGACGGAAUCCCUGUUCAAGCCGCACCUGAUGGCCAUGAACAGCAUCUUCGACGACAAUGGCGAGAUGACUGUGUCUGAGAAGAGUAACUUCCUGUUCACCAAGCUGAAGGAGGAGCCCGAGGAGCUGGCCCAGCUGGCCCCCACUGCGGGAGAUGCCAUCAUUUCUCUGGAUUUUGGGAGCCAGAGCUUCGAGGAGUCCUCAGCCUAUGGUAAUACCAUCCUGCCCCCAAGCCAGACAUGGGCCAAGGAGUUGAAGAGCCACAGCACCCAGAGCGAGGCCAGGGUCCUGCCCGCCUUCACCAUGCCCCAGGAUGCCGUCCCGCGGAACACCAGCCCUAGUGCCACCAGCAGCAGUAGCUGCUCCACGCCCAGCAGCCCUGAAGACUAUUACACAUCUCUGAAUGAUGACCUGAAGAUUGAAGUGAUCGAGAAGCUCUUUGCCAUGGAUACUGAGGCAAAGGACCAGUGCAGCACCCAGAUGGAUUUCAAUGAGCUGGACUUGGAGACGCUGGCACCCUACAUCCCCAUGGAUGGAGAAGACUUCCAGCUAAGCCCCAUCUGCCCCGAGGAGAGGCUCUUGCCGGAGAACCCUCAGUUUACCCCGCAGCACUGCUUCAGUACCAUGACAAACAUCUUCCAGCCACUGGCCCCUAUGGCUCCUCAUAGCCCCUUCCUCCUGGACAAGUAUCAACAGCAGCUGGAAAGCAAGAAGACAGAGCCUGAGCACCAGCCCAUGUCCUCCAUCUUCUUUGAUGGAGGGAGCAAGACGUCCCUGCCACCAUGCUGUGGCCAGGCCAGCACCCCUCUCUCUUCUUUGGGAGGCAGAUUCAACACUCAGUGGCCCCCUGACCCACCGUUACAUUUCAGGCCCACAAAGUGGCCUGUUGGGAAUCAGCACACUGAGGCCUUGGGGGCAUCACCAUUGGGGCCCCCCAGCACCUCGCCCCACCUCUCCGUGUUCAAGAAGAGGUCUGCAAAGGGCUUCAGGCCUCAGGGCCCAGAUGCGAUGAGCCCGGCCAUGGUCGCGCUCUCCAACAAGCUGAAGCUGAAGCGACAGCUGGAGUAUGAGGAGCAAGCCUUCCAAGACACGAAUGGGGGGGACCCUCCGGGAAGCAGCACUUCACAUUUGAUGUGGAAAAGGAUGAAGAGUCUCAGGGGCUGUGGGAACUGCCCUCUGAUGCCUGACAAGCCGCUGAAUGAAAACGUCUCUAGUGAUGAGUUCACCCAAAAUCCCAUGAGGGGCCUGAGCCAGCCUCUGAGACAUCUGCCACCACCACAACCGCCAUCUGCCCUGAGCCCUGGGGAGAACGCCAAGAGUGGGUUCCCCCCGCAGUGCUGUGCCUUCCAGUACCAGGACUACAGCCUGCCAUCAGCUCACAAGGUGUCAGGCAUGGCGAGCCGGCUGCUCGGGCCCUCAUUUGAGCCCUACCUGCUGCCUGAACUGACCAGAUAUGACUGUGAGGUGAACGUUCCUGUACCAGGAAGCAACACGCUCCUGCAAGGAGGAGACCUCCUCAGAGCGCUGGACCAGGCCACUUGAACUAGAGCCUUCCACCCGGGCAGGCACCCUGCAUCCUGCCAGCUUCACUCUACAUCUUUUUUUGCAGCUAGGUAUUUCUAACACCAACACACUUUUUACGAGAUGUACUUACCUGCCAAACUUGCCCAGGCUACCAAGUAAUGGCCUUUUUCUGAAGAUGCUCACUUUAUUAUCCAUAUUUUUAAAAUACACAAUUGUUUUACCAGUUAUGUUUUACUCUGUCAAUGAAAACGUUCUUAAAUUGUGUAAGAUUUUUUUCCCCCAGCUUCAAUUACUUCUAAUUUAUGUUAUUCAUAGGCCUCUCUGUCUCUCUCUCUCUCUCUCUCUCACACACACACACACACACACACACACACACUCUAUUCAUACUAAACAGUCUGAUAUGUUUUA